CAGAUUUCCCUCCUUUUACCGAACCAUUCCCAGUGACAAAUAUCAGGUGGAGUCUAUAGUUCGUAUACUCCGACAGUUAAACCGGAACUGAGUGGCUUUCAUCGGUGGUGAUAAUGACUACAGCAGAGACGCCUUGGCAGUUUUUCAGGAUGAGAUUAGACCAGCUAACAUCUGUUUGGCGUACCAAGACACCAUUCCCCAAAACCAAUCCUUAAUAGGGCGUCUAUUCAACAACAUAGCCAUGUUCAAUGUCCAGGUUAUUSUAGUCUUUGCCAAUGUGGAGUUUGUCAUUCCUUUCAUCCAAAAGGCCAUAGAUCUCAGAGUGAAGGAGAAGAUAUGGAUCGCUAGUGAGACAUGGUCCAUGAACCAAGAGUUGAUCAAGAAGAGUCAGAUUGAGAGGAUAGGGACGGUCUUKGGUGUCACUGUACAGAGGCACAAGGACCUGAGAGGAUUUGAUGAGUUCAUUAACAACACAGUAAAAUCCAGACAUGAGYAUGCAUGCACUGACAUGGACUUGAAGGAAAGAUGUGGUCAGAUUUGCUCUGACUGCAACUCCACCAGUGCCCAGACAAUUAUUGGAGAGGACCCGACAUACAGCUUUGUCAUCUACUCUGCAGUGUAUGCUGUGGCUCAUGCACUCCACAAUGCUUUGCGGUUUGGGACACGGAACUGUGCCAACUCAGAAAUCAUUGCUUAUCCUUACAUGGUCACAGAGGCACUAAAACAGGUCAAAUUCAAAUUGGACAAUCAAAGUAUAGAGUUUGAUGAGAACGGGGACCCACCGGCUCAUUACGACAUUGUACACUGGGACUGCAAAAAUAAAACAUGUUCUAAUGUGGACAUUGGCUCAUACCUUACCAACCCCACACCAAGCUUCCAUAUUAAUGAAACUCUCAUACAUUGGUUUGAGGGCACAAAGGCUCCAGUUCUGCAGUGUUCUAGUGAGUGUAAAUCUGGCUCCAGAAGAGUUCAAACUGGCUUCCACACCUGCUGUUUUGACUGUGAGAUCUGCUCUGAUGGAAAGCACAUCAACCACACAGCCGAUCCCUACAGCUGCAUAGCAUGCCAAAAGGAUGAGUGGGCCAGGAUUGGCAGUACCUCAUGCACUAAGCGUUCUAUAGAGUAUCUGCAUUCUGAUGCUCCGUUGGCCAUUUUUCUGAUGUUCCAGGCCAGCUCCAUCAUCCUCAUCUCAAUGGCCAUCUUGGUUCUGUUCCUUUGUAAGAAUGACACCCCUGUGGUAAAGUCAGCCGGUGGGAGGCUCUGCUUCCUCAUGUUGUGUUGCUUGUCCAUGUCCUCCAUCAGUGUCUUCUUCCACAUCGGCAAACCCACAGAGGCCAUCUGCACCUUACGCAAUUCUGUGUUUGUAGUCUUCUAUCUGGCCUGCCUGUCCUGUCUUGCUGUUCGCUCCUUCCAGAUUGUCUGUAUCUUCAAAAUGGCCGCCAAACUGCCCAAAGCGUAUGAUUUCUGGGUCAAGCAUGGGGGUCAGUGGAUCACUAUUAUCACAACCACUGUCAUAAUGCUGUUUCUGUGCAUUUUGUGGAUAGCCAUUGAAGGACCCAAGCCCAAUCAGAUAACAUUGUAUAGCGAGGUAAUUUUGGAUCGCACAUAUGGAGUCAUCCCCAUCUUUUAUGUGAUAGUACUGUUUGCCGCUUUGCUGGGUAUUGCAUGCUUUAGUUUUGCCUACAUGGGAACUGACCUGCCCAAAAACUACAACGAGGGUAAAUCUAUCACUUUCAGCUUGCUUAUCUUCAUCUCUUGGGUCAUCUCUCUGACGGUGCACCUGUCUACCAAAGGAAAGCACACAGUCUCCGUCAAUCCUUGCUCUGUGCUGUGCAGUCUGUAUGGUAUACUCUUUGGUUACUUCCUCCCUAAAUGCAAUAUCAUUAUCAUUACACCUGAGCGUAAUACAGCAGCCUAUUUUCAAACUGCAAUCCAGAGUUACACACUUCAACCUAAAUAAUGUACAUAUGUUGAGACAUAUUGUUGUGUGGCACUAGAACUGCCACUAUUGUGUUCUGUGAUGUUUCUUUUCAGUCAAUAUCUAUAUUUUUUAAUCCCAUGCUGUUUCCUCCAUAAAAGCAUUUUAAUUGUUUGCCCAUUAAUAAAACACUUUGUAAAUUA